GGAUAAACACAAUCCAUUUCCGAUUUACCUAACCCAUUUUUCUUUGUUAAUUCUUAAUUCACGCCGAAGCAUCCACCUGCGAAACCUCUUGCCAAUCAAUCCACCAUUCAAUCAACUAAGUAGCAUACGCUACUCUAUUCCUCGAUCCCUUGUUAUUCCUAUGCCGACCGUCGUUGUGCCCGCUUAUUAUUCCAAGCAAGCUAAUGAUUCUCGAUCUCGCCUCUGACAAUGGAUCGCCCUCUACGAGCUCUUCGGACUAAUCCAUCCCGCGCCGCCAAAUUGAAGGCACCAUGCCGCACGACUAGAUCAACAGCCGCAUACUUCCGUUCCUACUCGCUUUCAUCCGAGUCCGACAGUGAUCUUGACGAUGACAGCGACGAUUUCGAAACUAGCCAUGCCCCGAUUAAACAUACAUUCCCUACCACGCGAAAGCGAAAGAGCACCAGCGAUAACUACUCGCCACCUCCGAAAAAAGUCCUGCGUCAAGCACACAAAGUCGUCAAAAAGGCCUCUCCGAAAACAAUAGCUCCUAGUACCCCGGAUUCAAAUGAGGUUACACCUGCGGCUUCACCUGCUACCCCUUCCAACACUUGUACAUUCCGUCUUCCUUUGGAAAAUCUUCCGUAUCACGUCCUCCUAUGUGUUUUCGACAGCAUCGCCGCGCCAAUCCGUGACCUUUCAUCACGACGUGAAGAUGUCUCCGAGGCGGUUGGAGAUUUAAUGUCGGCCGCACGGGUUUGCAAGGCCUUUCUCGAACCUGCGUUAGCAAACUUGUACAAGUGCCCUCCAUUCUACCACCACUGGCGAUACACCAAAGCCCCCCAAACCUCUCUCAGCCAAUUCAUCGACACUCUAAACUUGUCUCCCGACACUACCAUAAUGAAUUACCGACCCAAAGUUGAAGUUCUACAGAUGGAAGUGGCAUCAACUUUGAUCCCAAGGUUCGGCACAAACUAUCUAAACUUUCAGACUGUGGUGCGGAAUCUGCCAAGACUGUCAAGUAUGGAGUUGUACCACGAAUUUGACGAGCCGCCUUAUCGUAAAUUAGACGAGCACAUCCGAUUCAAAUGUGCUGCAGAUGACUUGAUGCAAACUUUAGCAGGCCGUAAAGUUAGUGAUACGACCGUUCCCACGCAAUUGAAAAGUUGGCGUUGGAACUCGCGUCUUACUUCGGACUCGCUCUCGCUAGAUAAGUUGGCGGGAUUUCAUUCCAACUCAAGUUUCGCCAGCCUGCGAAAAGUAGCAUUUGUGAAUUAUCAACUUGCGUCCUGGGGCUUGACGGCUAGACAACAGUCUAGUGAAGUGAUAGAGAGACAAAACCAUGAAAGGAUCGCCCAACUCUCUGCCUGUAUUUCGGCUUUGCCAGACCUGGAGCAUCUCGUUUUAGAGUCCUGUACAUUGGUUAAUGGCCUAUUACUGGAACAACUUCCCACCUCCCUCAAACAUCUGGAAUUUAUCAACUGCUGGGAGCUAACAGCAAAUGAUCUUACUAAUUUUCUACUUUCUAACGGGAGCCACUUGCAAAGUCUCACUAUCAAUCACUGCCAAUCGUUGAGCCUAACAUUUCUUCCCGUCUUAGAGUUCGCCUGUCCCAAGCUGCAACACCUCUACAUAGAUUUGUCCUACUUCCGACACCACGAGCACUAUGCUGACAAUAAACCUGAGUAUGACGUCCUGCUUACGGAGAACGAUGUGCCGAGGUGGCCGCCCUCAAUUCAAUCUAUUGAGAUCCUUCACAUGCGGAAGUGGGGUCGUAGGGCAGCAGAGACUUUCUUUCAAAGCUUGGUGCAGAGCGCGUCGGAACUUCCCCACCUUCGUCGACUCGCAUUGAGAAUCGCGCUAGACAUAGGUUGGCGUCAACGCCAAGAAUUCCGGGAAUUCUGGGUGGAUAAGAUGGCGAGGAUCUUUAAGAGGAAGACGAAGCCUAGAAAAGAUAUCAAGACAGUACGCGCACCACCAGUCAAACCCCAGCGGCAAGAACAGAGGAUGGAGCUAAAGCCGAAGAUCUCAACUUCUACAACGUUACCACGGCGGCGAAGCACGCGAAUCGCUAAUCUUUCACCGGCACCAACCUCGUCAGAGGGUGAGCCGAAUUACCUCAGUAAGGCUGAGCUCACGCGAGCCUCGGCCAUCAGUAAAGAACUCAAGCGGCUCAGAGGGAGUGGAUUAUUGCUGAAGGAACGAGAUGCCGACGAUGAAGAGAGCGAAGACGAAUUAGCCGCUGACCACUCCGAUCAGAGUCAAUUGGAACGCAAGGUGAGAAAGGUUUCGAGACAAGUAUCGGACAAUGAAUUUAUUCAUGGUCUCUGUGAUGUGGUGGAUAUUCAAGUUGAUAACCAUCGGCCCACGGAAAGACAGUUCGACAUGGAGGACUUUUUGGACUCUCCAGAAGAGUCGGAUCCUGAUUGGGACGGCGGAGAUGCCGAUAUUUUCGAUUAAUAGCCUUCUCAAAUGGGUUGAAGGUUCCCCUACAUAAUAUGAACAAGAGAUUUAUGACUUGCAUGAGGAUGGAAGUGGGAGGGAUGGAAAUUAUUCUAAUGAACUUGGCGUUGGAUGGUAAGAUCGGACAUUAUUAGAUAUACGUCAUCACUGACACGACGAUCCCGCACAUGGAGUUUGAUUGGCAAGGCGUCCAAGGCAUCCAAUGUACUUGAUACAGAAGGGCUAGAAAUUGCAUGUUGCAUGGCUGAAAGGUAGCUUACAAAUAGAGGCAGUAUAUGUAAGGUACCUUUCUUGGUAUCCUAGGCUCGCCUAUAUAAAAAUAGAAAAAAAAAAAAAAUUUAACAGCGAUCCGAAC